AAGAGGCGGAGGCUGGCGGCCCGCAUCGCACCACCAAUGGCGAGCGCAGAGUUCUUGGAACUUAUCGAGACAGAACUCGCAGCUAAACGCAGCAUUUUGAGACAGACUUCACUUCGGAUUUGGGCGAACCCGGAAGUGUGUUUUGAAGAGCACAACGCGCACGAUCUCCUCUGUGACGUCUUGGAAGAUGGCGGCUUCCGAGUUACCCGCCACCAUAUCCUACAGACAGGAUUCAAAGCCGAGUGGAGCAGCCGCGGUUCCGCAACGCCGAGAAUCGCCUUCGUCUGCGAGUACGACGCUCUGCCAGAGAUCGGACAUGCCUGUGGCCACAACCUCAUCGCCGAGUGCGGACUUGCCAUGGCCUUCAUGGUGAAACGUGUGCUCGAAACAUCUGACCAGAUCGACGGCACAAUUGUCGUCAUCGGAACCCCGGCCGAAGAGGGCGGCGGGGGAAAGAUCCUAAUGAUCAGUGCCUUCGAUGACAUCGACGCUGGGUUCAUGAUCCACCCGUUCGGGGGAGGGGACAGAGCUUUGAAUGGAAAGACUCUCUGCAGCGCGAGGUUCGAGGGAAUAUUUCGCAGCGACGUUGACUGUGAGCGUUCGGUGCACGUCAGUCGAGAUCUGAACCGGAAAACGGUUGCCCGUCAAAGCUCGAUGGACGCUGCCGUAGUCGCUUACGGGCACUUGGCUCUUCUGCGAAAAACGAUGCCCUCCUCUUGGCGGCUCGGCGUUGUGAUGAAGCCGAUGGAAUCGAACAAAGAAACUCGUCUACAAAUUUCCUAUCGAUCUGUAAAAGGAGUCGACAUGAGGCCCCUGCGAGAGAAAAUCGUGGUCUGCUGCGAGACCGCAGCUCAGUGUACGCGCUGUGAGUUCGAGUAUUCCCACACGAAAGAGUACCUCGAGCAGUGGCCGAACCACACGUUGACAGCUCGAAUCGGGGAAUACUGUACCAAUUUUGAAGAAGACAUGGAACUCGUACGAGAAGGAAAAAAGAGGGAGACCCAGCUUCUGGGUUCCAGCGAUGCCGGGAACGUUUCCCAAAUCAUACCUUUUGUUCAGGUCUUCCCUUGCAUUGAUGGAUUGGCGAACAUACAUCACAAGAAUUUCACUGACGUUACGAAGACCGCUGCUGCCGAGGAAACGAUGCUCGAGGUAGCGAAAGCGUGUGCGAGAACCGCCAUUGACCUCCUAUCUGAUCCCAAGUUCCUCGAAGCCGCGUGGAGCGAGCUGCGUGCACGACAGCUCGAGGAGUUUUCAGAAAGUCGUAACAUCGACGCACAUUUAUCUCCGUGA